AUGGGGCCAUCGGGCUGUGGCAAAAGCAUGCUCAUGGAGGUCAUCAGCGGAAAGCGCGUGACAGAUGCAGAAUGGACUGUUAAAGAGAAUGUCAGCUUCAUUGAGAGAGAUCUACAUGCCGAACAACAAAAUGCAGAUCAUGAAAAGGAAAUUAAGCGUGAUGACUUCAAGCCUGAUAUGGGUUACGUUCCCCAGGAUGAUGUCGCAUAUGAGUUUCUCUCGGUCCGAGAGAACGUGUACUUCUCUGCAGCCAAGCGCAUGCCAAUCGGAAGCAACAAGCAAGACUUGGAUGAGGUCACAAAUGAUGUGCUGGGAUUGGUCGGGCUAGUUGAAAAGCAGAAUGCCAUAGUAGGCAAUCGCAUGCAAACAGGCUCAGGUCUCAGCGGCGGCCAGAAGAAACGGGUCAGUGUGGGAAUUGAGCUCGCAGCCUGUCCCCGCGUCCUUUUCUUGGAUGAACCAACCUCCAGCCUUGACUCCCCAAGUGCACUGGGACUUGUACAGAACCUCAAGAACCUUGCCACCUUGGGGGUGACGGUAGUCAUGGUGAUUCAUCAACCACGUUAUGACCUUUUUCAGCUUGUGGAUGAUGUGAUCCUGCUCGCUUCAGGUGGUCGCAUGGCCUAUUGUGGUCCUACGACGACAGCAGUGGGCUACUUCAGUGCAUUGGGCUACAGACUGCAGCAUAAUAUGAACCCUGCAGAUUGGAUGAUUGACAUCCUUUGUGGGCAAAACCUCGCAGAGGUCAUGCCUUCUGGCCGUGAACUUGCAGACAUGAAGGACGUGCCGGAUGAAAUCGUGAAGGCGUGGAAGCGGAAUCCACGUCCGCAACGAGCUCCCAUAGCCAUAUCCUUGGAGCGAGCAGCGUCGGUUAGAAGUGAGACGCUUAUGUACAAGCUUUACAAACAUUGGCGGGCAGUCCUUGGAGGCCGACAGACAGCGGACCUGAAUGAUUUUACAAAGGUGCUCAUAGAUCUUGCCCCCGGAGAAAACGUCACCUUGGAAAAUGCCAGACAAAUCGCUCAGAACUUCGCCAGCCGGUCAGGAGAGAUCACACGCAAGGACUUCAUUAACCAUGUGCUGGACAUGGAUGGUUCUGGAGUCAUAGUUCUAGACCCAGACUUUGAUCCAAGUGAAUCUGAGCCAUCUGAGCCUGAGAGGUCCUCUGAUUCGUCAGAUGCUUCCGCUGAUUGUGACGGCUGGUGGUGGUGGCCGAAAAGAAAGCCGAGUAGAAACCGAGGCAGUUCGUCUUCUAGUUCUGGCACCUCAGUCACACGGUGGCGGCUGGCGAUUCGACCACGAGCCCAGUACACAGAUUGUCAAGACCGCCCCGGUUUUUGCAGGCACCUGAUUUGUAGUCUCCAAGUGUCCCUGCUAGAGCUUGACCGUGGGUGGCUCACUGAGCUUAGCUUCUUGAUGAUCGUUGCCUUGGUUGGAGCCCUUCUCAGCUUUUUGACCGUCUAUGUGUUCCAUGAUCCAACUUGGAGCCCAAAUGCAAUCCUGAACGUUCAAGUUGCCCAAGCAUUCCUGAUUUCCAUCUACUCGCUGCGAGUCUUCAGCAAUGGCAAGGAGAUGUUUUGGCGAGAAGCCAGUCACGGCCUGAACCGGGCCGCAUUCUUCCUCGGGCGACUGAUGGUGCAUGACUUGGGGUUGUGCUUGCAAACUGCGGUCUACGUGGUUGUGUGCUACCUGAUCAUGAGUCCCAUGCCCCUCCUCUACUACAUUUGGCCCUUCAUCCUCGUGUCCUAUGUCGCGUGUGGUUGGGGGGUUGCAGUGUCCUGCUGUUUGCCCCCAAGUAUGGGUCCAUUCACGUGCUCCAUCCUCGCCUUUGUGACUGGAGGCAUCUUAGGCAUGCCUCCUCAAAUGUCAUGCUACCUUGAUGGUGGCAUUGGUGAGCUUCUCGUGAGCUGCCUGUCCUACAGCCGCUGGAGUGUGGAAAUGACUUUCCAAGAGUGCCUUGCAUUUGUCCCUCCAGACGAAUCGGAGCUGGAUGGCAUGGACAUGUUCCAGCUGCACACCUACCAGAACGCUUAUGGGCAGGCACGGUUCAUCCUGCCUGGGGAUGAGCAUCAUUGGUGGAGCGGCGUGCUGUGGCUUUUGGCGCAGGGACUUGCUUUGCGCUGUUUCGCUUUCAUGGGCUUGUGCUUGAAAGAUCGCGCAAGGCAAGCAUAG